CCCAAGCCCAUAACACACCACCCUUUUGUAGAUGCCUUUACAUGCAGGCCCCUCGUUCUCGUUUUUCUCAAUCUUCACCCCCACUUCACACACACACACACACACUAGAACACAUCAUUUCUACAUAAUCCAAUCGCAACGCUUCACAAAACCUGGUUCUUGAUUUACAGAAAUUGAAUGGGUUGUACUGUGAGAGAGAAACAUAUAAGGGCUAACAGAAAGCCACGAGCUUUUAGAUCAGAGAUUGAUCAUAGUGUGAAAUCGGGUCUGAACGAAUCGGGUACUAGGCUUUUUAAUUACCAUUUGGGUUGUAAUGGUGAAUCGGGUCAAAACCCUAAUCCCCAUUUUGAUGAUAAUAAUUGGGGGUACUGUACUGAGGAUCAGUUGGAGGAGAUUUUGUUGAAAAAUCUCGAGUUUUUGUAUAGUGAGGCGAUAUCGAAGUUGGUUGCUUUGGGGUAUGAUGAGGAAGUGGCGGUGAAGGCUAUUUUGAAGAAUGGGCAUUGUUAUGGGGGGAUGGAUGUGUUGACUAAUAUUCUGCAUAAUGCGUUGACGUAUUUGAAUAAUGGGUGCAGUACUGGGAAUGAGGGUGGGGGUGAGGGGGAGCCGGUUUUUGUUGAUAUGAGGCAGUUGGAGGAGUAUUCGCUUGCGGGGAUGGUUUGUUUGUUGCAGCAGGUGAAGCCGCAGUUGACGAAAGGGGAUGCUAUGUGGUGUCUUUUGAUGAGUGAUCUUCAUGUGGGUAGGGCUAGUGUGAUGGAAAUUCCGAGCCUUUCUUCACAUGGGAGUGAUGGUGGAUGUGGGAGUAAUCCGGUUCCUAGUAAUGUGGAAAAUGUGGGUAAUUAUCCGGUUGGGGUUGCACCAGCUCUUUGUAGGUUUCAUGGUGGUUGGGGUUUUGGAACUGGCGGCACUUCGGAAUUUCCGAUGAAUGGGUUGUUUUCGUAUGCAUCGGAGAUGACUUUGCAAAGAGAGAUUGAGUGCCCAAAGAGGUUUAAUCUUACCCCGUCAAUGAAGAAUUUGUUGAAAAGGAAUGUUGCAGCAUUUGCUGCUGGAUUUAGGGCAAAUUCAAAAGAGUUGCAGACUCAAGCAAAUGGUGAUGUGAAGUCAUCUAGUGGAGUUAAAUCUACUGGAACUGAAGUUCAGAAUGAGGAGUCCCAGGAUGCUAAAAGCCAAGACGUGGUUAGUUCGAUGCUGGAUAAAUUUCGUGAUUUGAAUCUUGAUGAGAACAUAGAAUAUGUGCCCGAGGAUCAGAAAGAUGAGAUGAUUUUUGGUCUGUUUCAUCAGAUUAAGGACUUGGAGAGACAGGUGAAGGAGCGGAAGGAGUGGGCACACCAGAAGGCAAUGCAAGCUGCAAGAAAGCUAAGCCAUGAUUUAACAGAGCUUAAAAUGCUGAGAAUGGAAAGGGAGGAGAACCAGCGAUUGAAGAAGGGGAAACAGACCCUUGAAGAUACCACUAUGAAAAGGCUCUCAGAGAUGGAGAAUGCUUUGAGAAAGGCAAGUGGCCAAGUGGAUCGUGCAAAUGCAGCUGUGAGGCGACUUGAGACAGAAAAUGCAGAAAUAAGAGCUGAGAUGGAGGCUUCAAAAUUAAGCGCGUCAGAGUCGGUAACUACCUGUCUGGAAGUUGCAAAGAGGGAAAAGAAGGGGUUGAAGAGACUUUUGGCUUGGGAGAAACAAAAGACUAAGUUCCAGGAGGAUAUUGCAGCUGAGAAACAGAACAUUUUAGAAUUGGAAGCACAGUUUUCGCGGGUAGAAGCAGCUCAAAAGGAGGCCGAGGAAAAGUGGAAGAAGGCAGUGAAGGCAAAAGAAUCAGCCUUGUCACAGGUAGAGGCGGAAAGACGCCUCAAGGAAGCAGACGAGGCUAAUCAUAAAAGGGGGCAUGAGGCCUUGCGCCUGAAGAUAGAGAUAGAUUUUCAACGUCACAAAGACGACCUGCAAAGGCUUGAGCAGGAACUUUCCCGGCUUAAGCUGUCUACUGAGAUGAAUCAUCAGUCAAACAACCUACCAGUGGUAAACGGUGAGGGGACAGAGCAUCAUGAAGAAACUAUUGCUAGCAUGCUUAAUGAGCUAGAUAACCAGGACUCAUCAGAAAAUGGUGGCAGUGAUCGUAAAUGCUUUAUUUGCGUGAAAGAAGAAGUUUCAGUUGUUUUUCUCCCUUGUGCCCAUCAAGUUCUGUGUUCGAAUUGUAGUGACAAUUAUGGGAAGAAGGGAAAAGCUCUAUGUCCAUGCUGCAGGGUACCGAUUGAACAAAGGAUUCGGGUGUUUGGUGCAGGCUCAUCGUAGAUCUGUCUCACUGAAGUCAUAGAAAGCCAAUUUCAAGCAUUUCCUAUUAUUAUAGACACUUUGAUGGGAUUCUGGUUUUUGCAAUUUUCUUAUAUUGAGAAUUUGAUGCCCCAAACAUCAAUAACAAUAGAUUGUAUGUAAAUAAAGCGGCAAAGCCUGACUGCAGUGCUUCUGCAGCUUGGUCCGUAGAUCUUCAACUUAUCAUAUGGUUUGCUAAGACACCUAUAUAUGUCAAUGUUUGACAUUAAUUUUGUGUGUUUUUAUGUUUC